AUGCUCCACGAUUAUUUGGACGGCGAAAAUGCGAAACUCCAGUCUAAUCGUUUUGACAGUUACGUUAUCAAAUCUACUGACGAAGACGGUCAUCAGUUAUCAUCCGACUGCGAUGACAUGGUGCACGACGCGAUUCUGGAUUUCAUCGGCUACGGACGUCCGGGUUACGAGUUUCUGUCGUACGCCGAAGACGCUUUGUUCCCGUUCGAAACUUCUCCGUUCCGUAGACGUUCGGGGCACCACGCACUGUACAACAUGAGCGUCUACAACGUGUACCAGGAGCCUGCGGUUCCUGCGUACGAAUACCGUGCCAAGAGGAAGAGCAAACCGUUGGACAUCGUCGACCCGGUGACCGGUGAAAAACUGCGAUUUCCCAUCAAAUGA